AUAUGAGCAUACGAGUAGGUAUGGUAAAUGACGUACCUAUUCGCAAUUAUCUAAACAACAUAGAUUUUCCCAACGUCAUUGAACUUGACAAAUUGAGAAUUGAGAAAAAAAUUCUAAAUAAUUUAUUUGACCAGCCAAAUGUUUUGAUCUUGUGAGCUUAUUUUAAAACUUCGAAAUCAAUCAAUUUCUACUGAGGAAGUUAUAAAAAGAAAUGAUGUAGCAGUAAUAGGUAAUUUUAUCAUCUACGUUUUGUAUAAUAAUUAUGCCAGGCGAUUCGCGAUCCAAAAAAAAUUUUGCAACCUUGAUCGCGCACAUUCGUACGUCAUUUGAAACAGAACAGAGUUGGCUGGAUGUUGAAAAACAAGUUAACCAUUGGAAGCGUUGAUAUGGUCGGCAGAGAAAUGAAUUAUACGUUGAUCGUGCAUACAUAUUUAAUACUGAUGAAAACAAAAAAAUCAUCCAGAAGGUAUCGUGAACUCGAUGUGAAAAAAUAAUACGUACGAGUAUAAAGUAUUAUGAAAUUAUGUUGCUUCCAUUUGAUAAUUUAUAAAAAGUGAUUUUAUCUGUAUUGUGUGAUCAAAUUAAACAGGAACAUGUACGUUUAUGUUUAUUUAUUCAACUUGCACAUUUACCUCACUGUUCUACUUACGUCAGGUGCAUCAAAUCCAGAAAAAGGAGAGAUAGUUGAUCACAAUCCAGACCAGGAUUUUCGUUCCGUUAUUUCCCCAACGAUCAGUUCCAGGAACUCCACAGCAGUAGCUUUACAAAAAUGCGAAGAGUAUGGAAAAUAUAGAUACGUGGAAGAAUGGAUACCUGCAAAAAUACUGGGGCAGAAGGGAUAUUAUUACCUGCGGCAACAUUGCGUUAGUAUGGAUAUGUUAAUGCCCGCAAGAAUCAGGACCAGACCCAAAGAAUACCCUCAUAUGGCUAUCAUUGGAUAUGGAAAUGACUACGAAAGCGUCAUAUGGGAGUGCGGCGGCAGUUUAAUCAGUGAAAAGUUCGUCAUGAGUGCUGCACAUUGUAGCAGCACUGUAGCUGUGGGUCCGGCACGAUGGGUUUUACUGGGAGAUUUAGCCCUGUCCUCGACAACAGAUGACGCCAGACCAAAAGUUUACAGAAUAGUCAAAAUUCACGACCACCCCAAUUACACGGCACCAUCAGUCUACAAUGAUAUUUCACUUUUCGAGUUGAAUACUACUGUCGAAUUCAGCCCUUAUGUAAGGCCAGCUUGUCUGUAUACUUCAACUGCUGAUUUUCCAGCUGACACUAAAGCAAAAAUCACUGGUUGGGGUACAACUGAAACAGACGAACGAAAAAACGAUCGGUUAUUAAAAGCGACUAUUUAUAUAUCGGAACAUCAGAGAUGUGGAAAUGUGCUUGAAGUCAAUUCAACCAGGGCAUCACGUGGUUACGAUUCAAGUAACAUGAUUUGCGCUGCAGAUACAUACAGGGGCGGGGCUACGUGUCUGGGUGACUCAGAAGGACUACUACAGAUCCAGAUACCAGACCAAGUUUGCAUGUGGAAUAUCAUAGGAGUGACAUCUGUUGGCCCCGGUGUUUGUGGUAAUAGCGAAACGCCCAGCAUUUAUACCAAAGUUUCACACUAUCUAGAUUGGAUCCAGAGUAUAAUUUGGCCUUGAUAGAGGCAAAUUCGUAAUAAGGAAUAUGACUUCUGCGAUUUAUGCAUGUUGAAGAGCUGUUUAGCAGAGAUGAAAAUUCACACUUGAACGUUUUGUAGUUCAAUGCCGUGAUAGAAGAAUAUAUUAUAUACUUUUUUCAAUUUGAAUUUUUUAAAGGUAUAUUGUAAGUAUUAAAAAGUAGUAGUAAUAAUCAAAAAUUAAACUUUCCGAUACAAAGAUGAAAAUGUUCUCUAUCAAAAUAGCCCACCUCCCAAUCUAAAAAAUCUCAUAAAAAUUUCAAAAUUAUUGAUUUCUUAUGGUUUAAAACAUGAAUUACAGAGCAAUUUCGAAGAUGAUGAAAAAAAUUAGCGAGGAUUUCCCCUCCUGUUUUGUCUCUUCAAGGCAGAUCUAUUCUAAACAACAUAGAUUUUCCCAAGGUCACUGAACUUGACAAAUUGAGAAUUCAGAUGAAAGAUUCUAUAUUAUUUCAAAGAUUCUUUCGAAUCUAAAUGAUUUACUUGAGCAGCCAAAAGUUUUGAUCUAGUGAGCUUAUUUUAAAACAUCAAAAUCAAUCAAAUUGUACUGAAGUUAUUUUUAAAAAAAAGAAUUUAUCAUCAAUAACUUCAUCAUACACACGUUUUGUAUAAUUAUACCUACAUACAUUAUGACAAGCAAUUUCCACGAAUUCUAAUCCGCGUUUCAAAAAAUUUUUGUAACCUUGAUCGCACAUUCAUACGUUUAUGUGACAGAACAGAGUUGACUGGAUGUUGAAAAACAAGUUAACCAUUGGGAGUGUUAAUAUGGCCGGCAGAGAAAUGGAUUUUACGUUGAUCGUUAAUAUUUAAUACCUAUUUAUGAAAACAAAAAAUCAUCCAGAAAGUAUCGUGAAUUCGAUGUGAAAAAUGAUACGUAUUAUGAAAUAAUGUAUAGCUUUCAUUAGAUACCUAAUUUA